AUGUUGCGCCUCCGAAAUCGCCUGCCCGCUCUGCUCCGCGUCGCAUCACCGCUGCCCGCCCCCAUCCACCCCCGCCCGUGCUGCAUCCUCUCCACCUCCACCUCCCCCGCGCCCUUCUCCGUCGAGGACUACCUCGUCGCCUCCUGCGGCCUCGCCCCAGCACAGGCCUGCGAGGUGUCCAAGAAGUUGUCCCGCGAAUUAUUAUCCACAGGAUCCAGGAGGCCAUUGGAUGAGCUCUCCUAUUCCCGCCUCAACUCGGCCUCCAACCCCGAUGCCAUCAUUGCCCUGCUCGCCGGCGCCGGCCUCUCCCGCGCCGACAUCGCCGCCGUCGUCUCCGCUGACCCGCUGCUCCUCCGCGCUUACGCAAAGAAGAUCGCGCCCCGCCUUCUUGGUCUCCGCGACCGCGUCGGUCUUUCUCCUCCCCAAAUCGUUCGCUUCCUCCUGGUCGGCCCACAUGUUCGCACCCGCAGCGGCGUCGUUCCCAAGCUCGAGUUCUUCAUCUCCUUCUAUGGCUCGUUUGAGCAGGUCUUGGUGGUCCUAAGGAGGAAUAGCCGUCUCCUCAGCGCGAGCAUUGAGAGGUCAGUCAAGCCUAACAUUGCUUUGCUGCGUCAUCGGGGUGUUCGAGAUAUUGCCCAGCUGUGUUCAAAGGUCCCACGGCUGCUUAACUUCAACCCGGAACGCGUGAAAGAGUUUUUGCUACGGGCGGAACAACUUGGGGUGCCUCCCACUUCGGGGCUAUUCAAGUAUGCAGUGUACGUCGUUGUCUGUAUUUCCAAAGAGAAGGUUGCUGCCAAACUUGAGUUCUUGAAGAGAACUCUUGGUUGUUCGAAGUCUGAGGUUUCCACUGCAGUGUCCAAGAUGCCAGUUAUAUUAGGAUUGUCUGAGAAAAAUCUUCUCCGCAAGAUUGAGUUCCUAGUCAACGAGGCUGCGAUGGAGCCAUGGACAAUUGUGGAAAAGCCUGUCCUGCUUACAUACAGCCUCGAGAAGCGACUAGUGCCCCGGCAUUAUGUCAUGAAGAUCCUGCAGGAAAAGGGAUUACUGAAUAGCAAUAUGAGCCUGUCCUCAUUAGGUUAUACUGGAGAGGAGAUUUUCAAAUCAAAGUUCAUCGACUCUCACAUGGACUCUGUUCCUGGCCUUGCAGAUGCUUAUGCUGCAGCUCGUGCUGGUAUUGUGCCCUCUAGAGUGUAA